UAAAUUUCACCAGAUGAGAAUUGAAAGCGUUGAAGCCAUGCUAUGCCUCCGCGCAGCUUUGGUGCUGCUGACGCUGGUUGAAGGUGUUUAUGCUUCUGUUUCUACCAGUGAAGUGGAGAUGCAAGAGGAGACUGAGAUGAUGUCAAUGAAACAGGAGCUGCUGCAGUACGGCGUCCGGCACGUGAAGGCUGGAGAAGAAUAUCAUGCAGCGAAUCUCUCAGCAGUAGAAGAAGAGCUUGAGGAGGAAGCUCUUGCCAGACAGCUACAGGGUGAAGCAGAUUCCGUGUCAAUGCAGCAGAUUCUUCAGCAUCGCUUUCAGCUUCUUUCCAAUCCCACAUGGGAGGGUGAAGGGAGUCAAGUUGAUUGUCACAAAUAUCCCAUGUUUUGCGACAAGAAGUUAAAUUGUGCAGAGGAUCCUUGGACGCCAGCUGAGAAAUCAGCGAUGGACUCCCAAAUUGCCCUACGUGGCAAGGCAAAUAUCAGAAGCUGGUGUCGCGCAUAUCCAAUGUAUUCGACAUCUGUCCAGCGGUGCAUUGUGGAGGAAAAUCCGCGAGGAUAUGCCCAGGAGCUCCUUAGCACUCCAUCGAAUGACUAUCUUUCCUCGAGGUUUUCAGAUGUUUUCAGUAGUGACUGGUCAUAG